UUACAUCUAAUAUUUGUAUGUUUUAGUAAAAAAAAGACUAGUUAAUUAAUAUGUUUCACCGAAGAGUUCGUCAUGUUACACCUGGAUUAAUGUUCUAUGGCUUGCAUCGCAAUUUUUCAUCAGAUACAGAUGAUACUGACUAUGAACCUGGAGUAGAAGAGAACGAAGUGUCAUGGAAGAGUGGUAACCAUAUGUUCUUAUCUACAAGAAAAAAGAAAAAGAAACAGAUUUCGUCAUCCUCGACUGACAGCACAACUGAUGAGGAACCAGUAAAACGAAAUCAAGCUGAAAAAAGAAAAGUAUCCACCCUUAACAAUAGAAAGUCAAGGGUGAGAAGAAAGAUUCGAAGGUUUGGUGAUAUUGAGCGAUAUUCACAGCAAAUGUCUGACUCCAGUGACUCUGAUUUCCAUCCAAAUCCUGACGGAAACUCUAAGCCAAACAGAUCGAAAAAGAAAGAGAAACAACUGUUAGAAGAAAACCCACCCUUGGAAGUUGUAGAAGUGGUGCAUCCGUGCCCACCCAGUGACCAGACUUGGUCAAUUUUACCAAGUGAAAUACUAACAAAGAUAUUUCGUUAUGUAUGUGACGGUGAAAAUAAAGGAGUGAAGUAUGUGUGUGGUUGCGCGCAAGUAUGUCGACAUUGGAAUAACACAGUAGUCCAACCAGUCAGCUGGAGAAAUGCUGACUUGGCUUUUAUGGGUGGAAAUGAAAACGCAAAAGAUUGUUUGUUAGAUGAACUUGUGAAAACCAAAUUUCGAGACUUAGAGCACUUGUCUUUGUCAGGAUGGCUGUACCUUACAAAUGUCGGUAUUGAAAGUAUAGCCGACCAUUGUUCAAGGUUAAAGUCGCUAAAUAUAUCUCACUGUCAGAAAAAGUCUAUUGCUAAGAUUUCUGGAUCGUCGUUGGUUCUACUUGCUGAAAAGUGUUCUUUGGAGAGAAUCAACAUAUCGAAUCUUAGAAUUCCAACUGUGUAUGCAAAAAGCGUGAUAAAUGUGAUCGAAAUUCGUCGAGACAAGCUUACACAUUUGAACUUCUCUGGAAAUAUUGGUUUGGGCUCAGCAGUAUUGACUAUGAUCAUUAAGCAUUGUUGUGAGUUGAAAAGCCUUGAUGUCUCAAACACUUCUGUGAGAAGUGUAUCAUUUUCCGACUUCCAGGAUUCAUGUCCGAAAUUAGAAGAACUCUAUUUAGCUAAUUUAUUUAUUGAGCCGAAAAAUUCAUCGAAGCAUUCGUUCUGUGGUUUUAAGCAAAUGGUUGUAUGCAGUGUUGCAAAAAGAGGUGCUAUGUCGUGGCUUACGGAUUCUAUUUUAGUGAACAUGUUACAAGAAUCCAAACUUUUAACCAUACUGGACAUGCGCGGAAAUUCGAACAUCAGUCAAAAAGGACUGGAGUUAUCGUCUGAUCGAUUAGAACGUUUGUAUAUGUCGAAAUGCAGUUUGAACGAAAUCAUGAUUAAAACUAUCUGUGAGAGGUGGAAUAAAACACUCUGGGAUGUCGAUUUUUCAUGGACUGAUAUUUACGACUCCGAUUUUGAUGAUUUGAUUGCAUGCUUAUUGACAGGACACAAUGUGUGCACACAAAUCGCGCAUUUUGAUGUUUCUGGUACUUCUAUCAGUGACAGUGGUGUGAAAAUAAUUGUCACGGUAUGUCGCGAACUACGCUCUCUUAAUCUGACGUCUUGUCGCGGUGUCUCGCGAGGUAUCAAGAGACAUCAUCUUGGCGUAAAACAAAUAAAUAAACUGCGACAAUUUUCAAUAAUAUUUAUUUCAGUUUUUAAUAAUAAAAAAUAAAUUAACAAAAUAAUAAUACACAA